AUGGAAAAGAGCAGACAGAAACAGAAGAGGAGCUUCAGCGAAACAGAAGAGGAGCUUCAGCGAAGCAGAAGAGGAGCUUCAGCGAAGCAGAAGAGGAGCUUCAGCGAAGCAGAAGAGGAGCUUCAGCGAAGCAGAAGAGGAGCUUCAGCGAAGCAGAAGAGGAGCUUCAGCGAAGCAGAAGAGGAGCUUCAGCGAAGCAGAAGAGGAGCUUCAGCGAAGCAGAAGAGGAGCUUCAGCGAAGCAGAAGAGGAGCUUCAGCGAAGCAGAAGAGGAGCUUCAACGAAGCAGAAGAGGAGCUUCAGCGAAGCAGAAGAAGAAGAUCUUCAGCGAACAGAAGAAGAAGAUCUUCAGCGAACAGAAGAAGAUCUUCAGCCUAAUGGAAACAUAAGAGGAGCUUCAGCGAAACAGAAGAGGAGCUUCAGCGAACAGAAGAAGAAGAUCUUCAGCGAACAGAAGAAGAUCUUCAGCCUAAUGGAAACAGAAGAGGAGCUUCAGCGAAACAGAAGAGGAGCUUCAGCGAAACAGAAGAGGAGCUUCAGCGAAACAGAAGAGGAGCCUCAGCGAAACAGAAGAUCUUCAGCGAACAGAAGAAAAUCUUCAGCGAACAGAAGAAGAUCUUCAGCCUAA